AUGGCCUCGUUUAGAUUCUGUGCAGAAUGCAAUAAUAUGCUCUAUCCCAAGGAGGAUAAGGAAGGACAAAGACUUCUCUAUGCCUGUCGAAAUUGUGGGUACACCGAGUUGGCAGAAAACCCCAAGGUAUACCGUCAUGAAUUGAUGACCAAUAUCGGUGCUACUGCUGGUGUGGUUGAAGAUAUUGGUAACGACCCUACCUUGCCUAGAUCCGACAAGGAAUGUCCCAAGUGUGCCAACCGAGAAUGCGUGUUUUUCCAAUCGCAGCAAAGAAGAAAAGACACCAGUAUGAUUUUGUUUUAUGUUUGCUUGAAUUGUAAACAUGUGUUCCAGGCGUAA